AUGGACCCGUUGUCCUUGGCGGCUAGCGUUGCCGGGCUUAUCAGCCUCGCCGAUGUCGUCUUCAGAUACGUUUACAAGUAUGGAAAAGCCGCCGCUGGUGCCAAGCAAGAAGUGUUGGCCCUUUCUCAAGAAAUCAACAAUUUGUCCAGCCUCCUGCGUACGCUCGAGGCCCUGGCGAGUGACCUGGAGGAUGGCGGCGAUGAAUUUAACCCUGCAUUGAGGUCUCAUCUUCUCGUCAACUGCAAAGAUACGCUGGAAAAGAUUAGAGGCAAGCUCAAGAAAGCGACCGACAGUUUCCAGGCUCGCUCCAAGCUUAGCGGAGUUACACGGCAGCUCAAAUGGCCAUUCGCAGCAUCUGAAACAAAAGAGCUCAUGGUCGAGAUCUCACGGUAUAAAGAAACCAUGACGCUGGCAAUUUCGUCUGAUUCGAUGCGGCAGCUACAACUCUCCCUUGCCAAGCAGGACGAGCACGGCAAGCAAAUCGCUGCCAUUCACACAAUCACCAAGAGAAUUGAAAUCAAUACUCAAAUAUUGGUCAACAAUGAGAAGCGACGGGUGUUGGAUUUCUUCAUGCCGGCUGCGAUCAAUCCACAGAGUAACCUGGAACACAACAUCAGGCUCAGACACCCAGUGACGGGCAUGUGGCUCGUUGAAUCAGACGACUUGACCAAGUGGAUACAAACACCAGGCUCAAAGCUUUGGCUCAGCGGCAUUCCAGGCGGAGGCAAAACAGUCUUGGCAGCUGCCGUAAUUCAGGAAGCCCUCGCGAGAGGCUCACUCCAACACGGUGUGGCUUUCUUCUUCUGCGACUACAAGAAUGAGGAUACUUGGAAGCCCCUAAGCGUACUUGGUGCUAUUGUAUCUCAACUUGCUCGUCAAAAGGACGAGGCAUUCGACAUGCUCAAGGCAUAUUUUGAUACCCUCCAUCCCGAGAGAGGGCUUGAGAAGGCUGCCGACCUCGAGGAACUUCGACUGACGAUUGCAAAGAUGGCCGAGCUAUUUGACCAGGUCACCGUCAUCAUUGACGGACUUGAUGAGUGUGGCGAUCAGACAGAUGACGUUGUCGACAGCAUAGCCGAGACUGCAGAAAAUAGCCAUCAGAUCACUAUCGCACUGUUCAGCCGGGACGAGAUUAACAUCAGACUACGUCUCGAAGAUGAAUUCAAGCAUAUCCCAAUUGCAGCGACCACUGGAGACAUUGACCUUUUCGUGGGUGCUGAGAUCCAACAAAGAGUCCAGGCCGGGCGCUUCGGCACGCUUAGUACGGCACUGAAAGAUGAAAUACGAGAGAGACUAGUAGAAGGGGCAAAUGGAAUGUUUCGAUGGGUCGUCUGCCAGCUGGACUACCUGGGCGAGUUUGCCACAGACACAGACCGCCGCCAGGCUCUACACGAACUGCCGCCCACGCUCCAUGGCAGCUACAUGAGAUUGCUUGAAAGACUGAGCAGGCUCCCUGAAAGAAUACAGUCACGAGUGCAAAUGUGUCUCCAGUUUAUUGCAUCGAGUAACCAUUUCAUAAGCACGAUCGGAACUCUUCGUCAGGCAGUUUCAGACUUCGCAUCCACCGGCCCUCCUCUCGUCGAAACAAACUUGGUCUCAGAGCGGGAAAUUGAAUACAGAUGCAGUAGCUUGAUUCGAAAAUCCAAAGACGGCAAUUCCUUUGAGUUUGCUCACUUCUCAGUCAAAGAAUUCCUAGAGAGUCCAUCGAUUUCGGAAAACCCCAAGUUUGCUGGGUACCACAUCUCAAAACACCGGUAUCAACAGCUACUAACCUCCCAAUGCCUCAAACUGGUACACCUGAGCAACGUUUACGAGCAACAACACGGCACACCUCCGGAUUUUUUGAUUGAAGACCAAAAACAAAGCGGUCUCUACAGAUACGCGUGUUCACAUUGGCCAUAUGUCAUACGAGAAGGCUUGGAAGAUCCAAGCCUCGUGCAACUUUGUCAUUCCUUGGUCAGCAGCACAAGCAUGCAGACGAUCAAUAGUACAAGCAUACAGUCAAACCUGCCUUUCUCUUGGAAGAUAUUUUUCAAAUCGGCAUUUGUCGAGUACUUGCGGUCCCGGUAUUCCUCGGGCAGCAAAUAUCAACCGAUCCGCGACCGCAUCAUAUCGGAGGGAAAGCCUGAACAGUGGUUCGAGCCUUUACACUUGGCCGCUGCUCUCAAUAUGCCCGAGGUUUGCCUGUCACUGCUCAAGGCUGGUGCAAAUCCCAAUCACAGAUGUCCUUACGGCACACCAAUAGACCUGGCCAUGCGCGCAAUUUUAGCAUUUAUGCCCUGGGAUUCGGCGUGGAAUGAAGACGAACCGCAAGCGAUGGGAUGGGGACGGCCUCAGAAACAUUGGAAAGUCAUAAAACUUUUGGUUCCCGCGGUCACUCAGCGAAAUCGCACGAUUGAAAUUCUUAUCCAAGCAGGAUCAGAAUUAUCACACGACAGAAAUCCGGCCUUGGAUUUGGGCAAAGAGUCCAUCUUCUCAACAGUUUCUGUCAUAGCCUCCCACACAAAGGACUUCAAUCCUGUCGUACGGCUGAUGUCCUUGGGUAUUACCCCUAGCGACUCCGAAUUAGAUGCUCUGGAAGGUUAUCUCAAGUAUUGGAAUAUUGAAAAGAGCAUACAAGGAGACAGCCAAGUCCGAGACCGAUCCCUCUUUGACCUCCUUGUGUACCUGGACUCCACUGGUGCUUACGACUCUGCUUGGGGUAUACGGAUGGGCUCCAUUGUCUGGAGUACAGCCAGCGCAGUUGGUAGCGCGUUCACAAAGGAGCGGAACCUCGGAAUUAUUGACACACGCAUUUCCCUUUCCAAAGACGGAUUGGUGCAGCAGGCUCUAGCAGCUAUCCGCAGGGAUGAUAGUACAGCCUUGAAGACAUGCUUAGACGACAACCGUCUCGACCUGUCGCAGGUCUAUACCAAUAGGGCAGACGUGAACAUUACCAUGGUAGAACUUGCCGCAUUAGCCAAUGCCGUCGGGUGUCUUGAGGUUCUGUUGGACUUUGGCUCCAACGCGGGUAUUGAUCAUACCAGUGCUCCAUCAACCAAGACCCUGAUACGUCGUUGUAUUAGAUAUCAAGCCCUAGGAUCUUUGAGAAUUCUGGUUGACCACGGUGCCUCUCUCUUGGCCGUGGACUCUGAUGGUAUGACGAUUUUUCACAUUUGCGCAAAUGAAUUUGGAAACUCCAAUGUCGGCUUUUUCGGAGAUGUCCUUGAAAUUGAUCCGCUUGCUACGGUCGCCGGCCUGGUUAUGAGAAUGCCAAAUGGAGAAACCCCACUCGAUCUGCUCUUAUUGAGAAACAAAAACCACAAGGAGAUAGAACAGAUGACGCUUCUGCUAAUGGACUGGUGCGAUAAGAUCCCUAAGUUCUGGUUAGAAGAUCACCAACUAUUCACAAAUGCGGCAGCAAUUGGCUCGGCUACCAUUAUACGUCGCCUAUUAGACAUGGGCGCCAAGCCGGAGCCUCUCGGGGCUAGCAACUUUCUUCCUUUGCAUAACGUGAAUGCGAGGGCAACCCUUGAAUUUGUAAGGCUCCUUAAGAGUCUUCAUGGAGAGGUUGCAUGCGCGGUGAGAGCAAGGCCCGACAUGUGUCUGCCGGUUGAAUUGUACAUCAUGCAUUGCGUACAUGAUGCUAUACAUCCGGACGAGGCCAUUGUUCAUGAGCUUCUCACACCAGAAGUCAUUACACCGACAGAUCCGACCAUGGGUACACUCUGGCGUUUUUGUUGCGAGACCAUACCGGUCAGCGCACUCAAAUGGACCCAAAAGGCGAAAUUAGAUUAUCUUGACGAGGACGAAAGACUGUCGGAACAACUUCUCUUAAUGCUACAGCGUUUGGGCUGCAUGGACGGAUAUGAAAAAUCCUGUUCCCAGUCGGCACUGAUUCCAUUAUUCAAGGGCGUGCUUGAUGGCCUUGAGAGUGACUGGUUUUCAAACCCCACACUCUGUAUCUCACCGAACGAGCCUGGUGGGAUCACGCAAUUGGCUUUCGACUCUACCAAAUAUUGGGAUACAGCCAAAACAUCACCUACCACAAUUAGGCUCUUCAAACAAGCUAUAGCGGACGGCCAUGGCGAACUAGUCAGUGUUCUCUUGCGCAGAGGUGUAGACGUUCACCAGCGGCAGGAUGGGGUUUCAGCAGUUGAGUUUCUUUGUCUGGAAUCUCAAGUCAUGACAAAUCAUGCAACGGCCAAAGGGAGAGGCAUGAUAUCGGAAGUCUUGGAUCAUACGAACCUUGAAAGCUUGAAUGAAGUCGAAUUCAACAAGGGUAGAUUGGGCCUGUUGCACAUGAUCACCUCUUGUGCCGAGCCCGGUCCUGCGUGGCUCAUGAGCGAGCUUGUCAAGCGGGGGGUGGAUAUCGAGAGAAAAUGCGCCACAACUCGACUGGAGACGCCUCUCCUAUAUCACUUGCAUGAGAAAUCGUUUGAUGUUGCUCAACUUCUGGUGGAAUUAGGCGCAAGUUAUGGAAAUCGGAUGUCAAUAGACAAGCGCAUAGACGUCCCACAAUUGGCGGCAUAUCGGGGGGCCCACACGUUUCUACAAUUCCUGCUCGCACAUUCAGUCAAAAACUCAAUAGAAAUUGUGUGGGACAGACCAUGCGAGGAAUCCUUCGAGGUCGACAAAGAUGAAGAUGACCACAAAGACGUGACUGCUCUACACUUCGCAGCGGAGGGAGGCAGUGUCGAUUGUCUCCAACUAUUCUAUGAUAAGGGACUCUUGAAGGAGUUUGAGCCUCGCACAUCACGUGGGUGGACCCCGUUGCAUUGUGCAGCAAGCAACGACUCCUUUGAAGCCAUCGAAUUUCUGGUAUCCAAAGGAGCUAACGUUAACGCACUGGCCAACGACAAAAGCUCACCACUACACAUUGCAGUUCGGUGUGGACACCUGGACUCUGUCAAGACUUUACUACGACUUGGAGCCAUGAGGUCAAGAGACUCUCAAGCUAUGACCCCAAGAGCGUAUGCAGUUGGGUACAGUAACAGAGACAUCAUUGUUGUAUGCCUUGACGAGGCCUUUGGGCCCGAAAGCGAGGUCAUGCCCAGCACGGUACCCUGGAGUGGAAUGAAGCAUAUUUUCCAAAGUCUUGAGACUGCAAUCGAGCGUGACGAUGUAGAAGAGUGCAAGAGGUUACAGAACCUUGGGUGUCCCUUGAACGCCAGCAUGCCUAGCUGUCAUGGCUGCUCUCCUCUCAUGGUUAGUUUAGCAUUUCGUAGCAGAAAGGUCGCUGGUUGGAUGCUAGAAAAUGGAGCGAGCACUUUGAAGGUAAAGUGUGAUGGGCAUAGUGAUAGUGGAAACUAUGCAACCGAAAUUGCCGCUGAGACGAAAGAGUUGACGACCGUCUUACCACAUUUUCUAGAAAGACAUCACGAUGAGGGGGGCGACUUGAUCUUCGGAGAUGAGUAUCCUUUGCAUUACGCUGUCUACAACAAGAACAUCGCAGCAGUAGAAUUAAUUCUUCGGCAUGUGGAGGACAACAAGUCAUACAUGGGAAGAAGGGCCCAGCUGGACCCUGAGCUGGUCAAAUCGACCAUUAUCAACCGUUUAGGUAUGGUUGAAGACAAAGAUACAACACCACUUCAUCUAGCCGUAGAGAACAAGGAUUUGGACAUGAUAUCGCUUCUCGUGGAGAACGGAGCUAGAAUAGAUGCACUUGACGAUGUCUUCGGGGCACCGUUGAGCUAUACAAGCUCGGAACCUGUGGCAAUCCGGCUAGUUGAGCUGGGUGCUUCACUUGGGCCUCUUUAUGAGGACAAUUCGUUAUUUCCCAAGCUAUUCCACCGCCGAGCCACAAAGCAUGAUACCAUCUCUUCAUUGGAAGAACCAAUCUUCAGCGGGUUCCAAGGCAGGUAUUUAUGGAUAUACCCAUCGUCGACUCCGUUCCAGAUGGAUGCGGCUCUCAUGCUUACAUCUAGAGGACAUGAUAUAAACCACGACCGUGGCGUGGGACAAAGUCUCAUGCACGAAUUAAUUUGCGGAGACACAUCGUCGAGCUUGGUAUUGCACAACAGAGACCUAGGACUCGACAAGACGACUCCAUUUCCGUGGCAUCUGCUUCCCAGUCCGUUUGUUGAUAUCGCCUUCCUGGUGACACGCUUCCGACAUUUCCGCCGUUUACUCUCGACUGAUGACUUUACAAGGAUCAUGAAUAUGCAGCCGGACCGUGGUAUCAGUCCCCUUUGCUGGGCGGCGCGUAUGAACCGUCUCGACAUCAUGGACCAUUGCCUCGAGAUGGGUGCCAACAUUGACUUUGAAGGUAUGCCUUUCGGCUCAGCCCUCAUGGUUGCAUGUUCUUACGGGCAAUUGGACUCUGUGAAGUUCUUGGUUCGCCGUGGGGCACAAACGUCCUAUAUUGGACAAAAUGGCCCCGUCAACGUGAUGAAGCGGACACAGUCCACCAUUGUAAGACAAUGGCUGCUCGUUGGUAGGUUCAAUGAGCAGAAAAGGAUUACGUCGGCCGGGUAUGAAACAGCGGCCAACUGGAGUGAUUGUGUACUACGCCCAUGGAGCGGCAUCAGAGAAGCGAGGUUGAUGCUGACGGGCAGACGUGAAAUGCUGCCGCACGAGAGCUCCUUUGAUUACGCAAAGAAACUAGCGACGAUAAGAAGGGAUAUGAGAGGGAAAAUUGUGCCAGACUUGAUCAGAUAG